AUGGCACGCUCUUCAGUCACUUCUGCUUCAGAGACAACAGCGUCUUCUCAAAGCCACAGGACACAGACCAAGGACAGCACCAGAGAAUCUCAAAGCAGCACGAGAUUGGCAGUGAUCACAACAACGCCUUCAUCCUCCCUAAAUGGACACACCCUUACAGAGAGCACCUCACAGGAGACAUCCACCUCUGGGGAAGCAAGGACUUCAUCUCCUUCCAGCAUCAGCCACAAACCUUCCACAGUGUCAGAAAUGCCCAUGUCAACAAUCUCCACAGAAGACACUUCAGCCUCUUCCAGUACAAGCAACAGACAUCAAAUGACAUCAGAGUUCCGCCAGUCACCAAUCUCCACAGACACCACUGUGGGAAACACACAACACACAUCAUACCCUGAAACACCAAAUUAUACUGUAGUCACCUCAAUACUCUCAAGGACAACUGGAGUAGAGGAACAGUCCACGGCACCCACUUCCAUCACUUCUGCUUCAGAGACAACAGCGUCUUCUCAACGCCACGGGACUCAGACCAUGGACACCAUCAGGGAAUCUCAAACCAGCACUAUCUCAGCAGUGAUCACAUCAACUCCUUCAUCAUCCCUAAGCGGACACACCCUUACAGAGGGCAUCUCACAGGAGACUUCCACUUCUGGGGAAGCACGCACUUCAUCUCCUUCUAGUGUCAGCCACAAGCCUUCCACGGUGUCAGAAAUGCCCACGUCAACGUCCUCCACAGAUGACGCUUCAGCCUCCUCCCCUGCAAGCAACUCACAUGCAGGGACAUCAGAGGUUUCCAUACCACCAGUAUCAACAGACACCACUGGAGGAAACACAAAACACACAUCGCACUCUGAAGCAGCAAGUUUUGCCCAGUCACCUCAACACUCUCAAUGUCAACUGGACUAA